AUGAACUCGUUUAAAAAUUUCAAACAAAAAAAGAGCGAGAGAAAUAGAUCCAAUGGCCCACAAUCGACUUACGUCGUUCUACCACACGUUGAAUCGAACCUAGUUGCGGAAUUUUUAGAAUGGCCAAAUGCUGAAAUCGAGAGUGCAGUGGAAGAUGUUGUUGAGGAUCAACCAUCAACCUCAUCUGCUCCACUAUCGAAGUCGGCCAAACUAAUUCCUGGCAUUGUGGAGCAAUUGAAAAUUUUCUAUCCAGAAAAUCACGAAAAUAUCAUAAAAAGUCUAUUUGAGAUGAUAAUUUCUACAAAAAGCGACAAUGAUUUACAAGGAGAAUUGAUUGAUCUUUUGGGUGUCGAGCAAUUUGAAUUGGCCGCAGAAAUUUUAGACAAACGUUGCCAAUUAUGUACUGAAUUCAUGAAUGAAGCUGAAGAUGCGAGGAAAAUGGCUAAAAUCGCUGCAAAGGCAAAUGUGCCGGCUUUCCUUCAAACGGUAAGCGUUCAAUCGCAGAAGCAAAAUGAAGCGAGACGGGAAUUGAGGAAAGAGCAGAAAAGAGCACAAAGAGAACUGAGCAGAGUAAUUCAUGCGUUUGGAAACGAGGAGAAGCUGGAAAUGGAGCUCGCCCAAAAAGAAAUCGCCAGACAAAGACAGUUGGAAAUUGAUUCGAUGAGAUUCAAUUCUUCAAUCAAAAUCAACGGAAGACCCCAGGAAAUCUAUCCAUUCGUUUUUGACUCAAGAAUUCAGUCGAUCGGAACACAGAUCGAGCUGAAUGGAAUGCGAUUCGCACUUCCUGAAGGAUCAAGACGAGACAAUUUCAAAACGCAUGACAUGGUGUUCGUACCGCCGCCACAAAGGCAAGACAUUGAUAAAAUUCAGCAUGUGUAUAUCAAGGAUAUGGAUGAGCUCGGAAAGAAAGGAUUCGCGGGAUAUGAAAAACUGAAUGUGAUUCAAUCGAUUGUGUUCGAACAAGCCUAUAAAACAAAAGAAAAUUUGCUCAUCUGUGCUCCAACUGGAGCAGGUAAAACGAAUAUUGCGAUGCUAACAAUUCUCAAUACGAUCCAUGAGCAUAUGAAUCAGCGAGGUGAAAUCGUCAAGGAUGAUUUUAAGAUUAUCUAUAUUGCACCCAUGAAAGCACUGGCUACUGAAAUGACGGAAAGUUUUGGGAAACGGCUUGCACCACUUGGGCUGAAGGUUCGAGAAUUGACCGGAGAUACGCAAUUGUCGAGAAAUGAAAUCACUGAUACUCAAAUGCUCGUAUUGACACCGGAAAAAUGGGAUGUGAUCACGCGAAAGGGGACAAGUGACAAUUCGUUGAUUUCACUCGUUCGACUUCUUAUUAUCGAUGAGGUCCAUUUGCUUCAUGACGAAAGAGGUCCUGUUAUUGAGACCAUUGUUGCCAGAACUUUGAGACAGGUGGAAAUUUCACAAACCGGAGUUCGUAUCGUUGGUUUGUCGGCGACACUUCCGAAUUACAUUGAUGUUGCACGAUUUUUACGCGUCAAUCCUUAUAAGGGGCUUUUCUUCUUUGACGGUCGAUUCCGUCCGGUUCCACUCACACAAAAAUUUAUCGGAAUUCGAAAAGCAGGCGAUUUUCGGCAGAAUCAAAAACUUCUCGAUGAUGUUUGUUACGAUGAGGUCAUCGAUUUCGUAAAAAGAGGACAUCAAGUAUUAGUGUUCGUUCACACUAGGAAUGGAACGGCGAAACUGGCUGAAGCAUUUUCUGCUAGAGCAUCUGUAUUAGGGCAUUUGGAGCAUUUCAUUCCGCAAAAUAGUUGUAGUCAAGGAUAUUCGUUAUCGGAAAAAGCUGUGAACAACUCUCGCAAUCGUGGUCAACUGAGCACACUUUUUGGACGAGGAUUCGGUAUUCAUCAUGCGGGUUUAUGCCGCUCCGACCGAAUUCUCAUGGAGAAAUGUUUUGCCAGCGGACACAUCUCGGUUCUUUUCUGUACGGCAACCCUCGCAUGGGGUGUCAAUCUUCCUGCUCAUGCAGUUGUUAUAAGAGGAACCGAUGUUUUCGACGCCGAGAAAGCUUCAUUCGUCGAUCUCGGCGUUCUCGAUGUUCAACAGAUUUUCGGAAGAGCUGGACGUCCCCAAUUUGAGAAUGAAGGACAUGGUGUGAUCAUUACAACACGCGACAAAAUGGACAAAUAUCUGAUGAUGCUUGUUCAUCAAAAUCCGAUUGAAAGUCAAUUCUACAAGCGAAUCCACGACAAUCUGAAUGCUGAAAUUGCAUUAGGAUCCGUUUCGACGAUUGAUGAAGCUGUCGAAUGGCUUACCUACACGUACAUGUACACGCGAGCAUUGCAAAAUCCGAUGGCCUACGGAAUGUCGUACAAUGUACUUGAUCGCGAUCCGGAUUUGCGGGAGCAUUUCACAAGGAUGAUGAAGGAGGUCGCAUUUCAAUUGGAUAACAAUCAACUUAUUCGAUUCGAUCAGGCGACCGAAUAUCUUUAUUCAACCGAUCUUGGGCGAAUCGCGUCGAAUUUCUAUGUCAAAUAUGAGACAAUGCAAUUUUUGAAAGAAGCUGAGAAUGACAAAGGACUUCCGGUCUGUUUCACCGGUUUCAUGCCAGAUGACAUGGCACUUGGAAUCAUCUCGAUGGCUUCCGAAUUUGCGCAGCUCAAAGUUAGAGAAGAGGAAUGCCCAGAUCUUGAAGAGCUUGUUAGCUACGGGUGCAUGCUGAAUGUUCGAGGAGGCGGUUUGGCGUCGGUGGCGGGAAAAGUUAAUGUCCUCCUGCAAUCGCUGAUUUCGCGAACUCAUGUUCGCAAUUUUGCGCUGAUGUCCGAACAAAUGUAUGUGCAACAAAACGCCGGAAGAAUAUGUCGUGCUCUGUUCGAAAUUGUUCUUCGAAAAGGAUGGGCUCAUGCGACGAAUGCCUUUUUGUGUAUGGCCAAGUACAUUGAGAAACAAAUGUGGCCGAAUCAGAGUCCGCUGAGGCAAUUUUUGCAUCUGAACAUGAUCCCGAUUAAUUGGAUCGAAAAGAUCGAACGUCGAAAACUAACAGAGUCUCAGCUAUUAGAUUUGCAGCCAAAAGAGCUCGGCCAUAUGUUCAGUUGUGAUGGCGAGAGGGUUUACACGAUGAUGAGAUAUUUGCCGAGAAUGGAUGUUGAGGCGAAAUUUAAACCGAUCACAUACACUGUCAUGCAAGUCGAAGUCCAAUUGACACCAGCUUUCAUUUGGAACGAUCGAAUUCAUGGAAAAUCCGGCCAACAGUCAUUCUACAUGAUUCUUGAAAAUAUCAAUGAGAAUCUCAUUGUCCAUCAAGAACGGAUAGGCGUUGGAAAACUUAAGGUUUCGAAACAAGAAACUCAACACAUAAUUUUCACAAUUCCAAUUAGCGAUCGACAAUUGACGAAUAACUACCAGCUGAGAAUUGCAAGCGACUAUUUCGUAACAGAAGACGUCGUCGUGCCAUUGUCGCUUCAUAAUUGCAUUCUGCCCAAAUCAUUCAAAGCACACACAGAUUUACUAUUAUUGGAUCCUCUUCCGGUCAAAGCAUUGAAAAAUGCAUUAUUCGAAUCAAUUUACAAAUUCGAUUAUUUUAAUCCGAUUCAAACGCAGGUAUUCUUCUCGCUUUACAAAACCGACAAAAGUGCACUUGUCGGAGCUCCAACCGGAUCCGGAAAAACGUGUUGUGCCGAGCUUGCAAUGUUUAGACUUCUGCAAGGACAUCCCGGAAAGAAGAUCGUUUAUAUUGCUCCGUUGAAAUCGCUCGUUCGAGAACGCGUUGAUGACUGGAAAAGCAAAUUCGAGGAAAAUAUGGGGUAUAAAGUUGUUGAAGUGUCUGGAGAUGUGACUCCCGAUCCGGCCGAUCUUGCUGCCUCCUCAAUUCUGAUCACGACGCCUGAGAAGUGGGACGGAAUUUCGAGAAGUUGGGCGACGCGCGAAUAUGUCCGUCAAGUCGGCCUCAUCGUUCUCGAUGAAAUCCAUUUACUCGGUGUUGAUCGCGGAGCUGUUCUUGAAGCGAUCGUUAGUCGACUGAAAAUGAUUACUAGAAGAUCCUAUACGCGAGAUGAACCGGUUCGACUUCUUGGCUUGUCAACUGCUCUUGCGAAUGCGGGAGAUGUAGCUGAAUGGCUUGGAAUUCCAAACGAAGGAUUGUACAACUUCCGACCAUCAGUUCGUCCCGUGCCAAUCAGCGUUCACAUUCAAGGUUUCCCUGGACAGCAUUAUUGCCCACGUAUGGCUCUUAUGAAUAAACCAGCCUAUAAAGCGAUUUUGACCUAUUCGCCGACAAAACCAAUCCUUGUGUUCGUCUCUUCGCGUCGACAAACUCGCUUAACCGCACUUGCGUUUGUGAAUCUUCUUAUCGCUGAUCACAAUCCGAAACAGUGGCUACAUAUGGAUAUGGGAGAGCUCGACAUCCUAAUGCAAUCCAUCAAAGAUGAGAAUCUGAAACUCACGCUUCCAUUCGGUAUCGGAAUGCACCACGCGGGUUUAUCUGCCCACGAGCGAGCAAUUGUCGAGCAGCUCUACAUCGACAAAAAGAUUCAAGUGCUGAUUGCCACCGCAACUCUCGCCUGGGGCAUCAAUUGUCCUGCGCAUUUGGUCAUUGUUAAAGGAACCGAGUAUUUCGAUGGCAAGAAAGGGAAAUACGUUGAUUUUCCGGUUACUGAUGUUCUCCAAAUGAUGGGAAGAGCCGGACGGCCGCAAUACGACGACUCGGCUGUCGCUGUGAUCUACGUGCAAGAUUCGAAGAAACUCUUCUACAAAAAAUUCUUGUAUGAACCGUUUCCGGUCGAGUCGAGUCUGUUGCCAGUGCUGCCGAACCAUGUGAAUGCCGAAAUUUCGUCGGGAACGAUUGAUUCGAAACAAGGAAUCGUCGAAUAUCUUUCAGGAACGUAUCUCUAUCGAAGAUUGUUUGCAAAUCCAAACUUCUAUGGACUUGAAGAAGAAUCUGAUGAAGCGAUGCUUCAUUUCAUCACCGAAGUUGUUGAUAAUUCGGUAAUCGAGCUUGUUAAAUCCGAGUGUAUUACGGUAGACGACGAGAGUAAUUUGAUCAAACCCACCGCUUAUGGACGAAUCGCGUCGGUCUAUUAUCUCCAACACGAAACUAUUCGAUUAUUGAUAUCCGAACUUCAUGAUGCGUGUGGAAUCGAGGAAAUGCUGCGUAUCAUGACGCAUGUUCCGGAAUACUCGGAAAUUCCCGUUCGUCACAAUGAAGAUUUGAUUAAUACCGAACUUCAACGCAAGCUUCGAAUCAGAUUCUCGACGUCUCUUAUGGGAGCUUCGCAUACGAAAGCCCAUUUACUAUUUCAGGCCCACUUUAUGAGGACCCUUCUUCCAACCGACUAUCGCACCGAUUUGAAAAGCGUCCUCGACCAAUGCGUCCGAAUCCUUCAAGCCAUGCGUGAAAUGACACGGCUCAAAUCUUGGCUUCAAGCCACUCUAUGCAUUAUCAUCCUUCAACAGAUGUGUCAUUCAGCACGAUGGCACGAUGAUCACCCGCUUCUUGCUCUUCCCAACUUGUCUGUUGAUGAUGCUAUUGCGUUGGGUGCUGAAAUGACAAUUCCACAACUUCAACAGCUUCUGGGAGUCGAAUCUGCAACGAGUGCGACGGACGCGAAGCUCGUCAAAAAAGCGAAACAAUUGUUUUAUGAGAAUACGACAUUGGAUGAGACGCAAACGAUGGAAACAUUGAAGGCGAUUUGCAGCUGGCCAAUUGUGUCAAUCAAUAUUGUGCAGUUCAUGGAUAGUUCUGGAACAGUCUUGGCGAAUGUCGAUUUGGAUGGAAAAUGCAGUCCAAUUCGUGUCAAAUCGGCACAGAACUAUCGUGUUCGAAUUGUCGUCGAGCGACAUGGUCCGUUCAGAAACAGUUCGGCGAUGCAUCUGCCACAAUGGGGAAAACCGAAACAAGCGGGAUGGAUAUUGUGCAUUGGCGAUGUUCAAAGAAAUAUGCUGUUGAGCUCGACAAGUCUGAUGGGAUCGAAUUCGACUAGAUCGACGGCCAAAAUGGAAUUGCGAAUUCCAGAAAAGAGAGGUAAAACAACUCUAUCGUUGUACUUGAUGAGCGAUUGCUAUCUAGGAAUCGAUCAGGAAUAUCAAAUUGCUCUAAUUAUUGAAUAA